UGAUCAUCAUGAAGACUCUCUCUGUAUGAUCAUCAUGAAGACUCUCUCUGUCACUCUCGAAAACGCGCAGUUUUUGUUUUAAAUUUUAUUUAUUAUUUUAUUUGUGUUCGUUAUGGAUGCUGGUGAAGCGGCGCGUCGGAUGCUUGUCGGAUCUAAUUAUGGUAAGCCGAUUAUCAAUCCCAUAACGAUGAGAUUCCGACCGAUCGCGCCGAAGCCUGUCGCCGGAGCCUCUGUUUCCGGCGACACCUCAUCGAUAUUCAACGGAAGGAGGAAGAGGAAGUACGUUAGGGUUCAGGGGUAUAAUAGGAAGAAGAAAACUACAAGAUCAAACACCACCGAGGCCGCCGCGACGACGCUGCAACUUCUCCCGGAACGACACGUGGAGAUCUUCGGAAGCGGAUCUCGGGAGGUGGGGUUGGUAUCAGAUGGGAAGCGUGGAGCGGCGGCGGAGGAGGUGUGGGUGACGGUAGAAUGCGCGAGGGAGGCGUGCAUUGAGGGAGAGGAGGAGGAGGAGAGGAUGAAGAAGCUAGAAGAGGACACGUGUCCAGGGUUCGUAUCGGACGGUGUGGAUAGAGUAGAGUGGGUAAACGAGGCGUUGAAAAGAAUGGUGAGGCAAAGGCGGAGAAGCAGUGAGGCAGGUGAGGAAAUAGAGGUAAGGCUGAGAACAAUGCCAAGAUUGGGUUACUUGGGGAGAGCAUUCACGUGCCAAAUAAAGCUGCACUUCAAUGCUGGUACUACCGGACACCCAAAACUUCAGGCGGAGGGCUCUAGGAGGCAAACUAUCACGGUCAUACUUUUUCAACCAUGCGGUCGUGAUCUUGACAUGCUCACGAUAAGUCUUAAGGGGGACUGAAGCUCCAUUCACGUUCUUCGGGCGAGAAUAUAGUUAAAAAAUGAUGCAGCUUUGUGCAUAUCAAAAGAAA